GUUAAAUUGAAGAAAAUAUCAGUAUGGCGGAGGUUAGUCCCGGAUAAGAUUUUUCUUAAAAUUUGAAGAAAUUGAUAAAUCAAGAUGGCACAUGAGAUACAUUUAAAGAAUAACAAAUACCGGCAGUGGGUUAAGGCUGGCCUAGGCUUGGGUUACCUUAAAGAGAGACUUGCGCCAUUUUGUGAUGACAUUGGAAGACAGCAGCACAACGAUAUUAUUAACAAAAUACAACAAACAAAGACUCCUCAACCAAACGUACCAUGUGGCAAAUGUCAGAUAACAACUCUCCAGCCAGAUCAUAUCCGAGUUUCAAAAGGGAUAUGUCCCCUCAAACAAGAUAAAUGUAACUGUUGUUUUCCUAAUAAUAAGAGACCCUGUCCAAACAAUGUAUGUGGUGCCAUCUAUGACAGAAUUAUACAGUAUCAUGCAUCAAUGCCACCAGUACCUUUUUGGAAAAACAGUGAUGUCCAACAGUGGUCAACAGAACUGUGGGAGGUUUGCAAAUGUUUUAUAAAUGCUCCUGGGUACAAGGACAAGACAUCAGCAGUCGACACUGAUUGCACUGGGUUGCUUCAUGUUAUCAUAAAUAACAAGUACUUUCAUAGUCACAUUGGAUGUAAUUUACCGGACCAAACAAUCUUUUUUCAAAGGUACGGCAGUACCGAAACGAAAUUUUUCACUCGAGCAAUAUGGAGUUAGAGGAGAGCAAGGCUAAUUGUUAUAUUGAUGACAUGAUAGCUGUUCUACAAGAUGGUAAAGAACUUGUACAUCGACAAGAUGCACAACAAGCUGUCGGGAAACUCCAAGAUCUAAAGCAAAAAGACUUUGUUAUCACUACUGAAUGCUCUGAAGAAAUUUUGAAACAAAUCAAAGAUGAAAUGACAAAAAUGCGGGAAUUUACCGAAAAUGCUGCAACUAAAGAUGAAUAUGAGGAGCUUAAAAAUAAAGUUAUUGAACUUGAAAGACAGUUGGCAAAAGAAAAAGAGGGACAACUUGAGGCUGGGAAAGAACAGAAAAGAAAGUUUACUGAACUUGAGGCAGUUAUAACAGAGCAAAAACAGGAGAUAAAAAGACGCAAGGUAGAAGAUUCUCCUCAACAAAAACAGUUUCAAUAUGAAAAGGCGAAAUCAGGUAUGUUAUAUAGAAUAUCAGGUAUGCUAUAAAUAAUAAGAAAAACGCUAAAUCAGGCAUGUUAUAUAGAAUAUGAAUAGGUUAGAAGGAAUGUUAAUAUAUAAAAUAUGAAAAAGGCUAAAUCAGGUAUGUUGUAUAGAGUAAGAAAAGGCUGAAUCAUGUAUGGUAUAUAGAAUAUGUGAAGGCUAAAUCAGGUAUGUUAUAUA